AUGUGCCACAAACAGCAUCCGCACUCCCCAAGCACGAACAUCAUCAACAUAGUCGGAGCUGGCACCACAUUCCCCCGGCCCGGACCACACAGCCCUGCGGUCCCCUCGUCCAAAUUGACCCCCAGCGCCUCAACCGCCUCAACGGUGAUCCUCGACCCGCACUCCGAAACCCCCAGCAGCGCCGCCAGCAGCAUAGGCUCCCUCUUCAGUACAAAAAGAAAACGCACCGGCGACUCCAUCACCGACGAGCUCCCGGAGAGCGUCUCAAAGAACUUCGAACGACUCGUCAACCUCCUCUCCCACAAAAGCGAAUACCAGCCCACGGCCGCAACGCUGAUGUCGUUCCCUCUCCCUCAGAUUCAGCACCAGGGACUGCGACCCGAACCGCGCGAUGGACCUUCUCCCAUUGACGAGGAGUGUGAGGGCGAUGAUACGCUGAGCAUUACCCGCCUGGAUGAUCUUUAUCAUGAUCGUCUGGCCAUGCGCGAGCAGCUUGAUUGGGAGUGUCGACGGAUUGGGCUGCGAUUGAUGCGGUUAAGGGAGUUAGGGGCGCUGAAGGCACUGAUUGGGGCUGGGUCUUCUGAUGAGGAGGGAAAUGAGAAGGAGGCGAAGGAGGAUCUUUGGUCGCGGGGUGAUGAUGAUUUGUUGGUGAGGAUUCGGAGGUUGGAGCUUAAGGCAACGGAGGAGAGGGAGGGGCGGGAUCGCGAUGAGUGA